CUGGAAGGGCACAUCAUGGCAUCUGAGAAGUGGGUCAUAGCAGUUUUUGUGGUGCAAUUUUGCUGUGCAGGCCAUGGCUUCUGUGGCAAGGUCCUUGUAUGGCCCUCUGAUAUGAGUCACUGGCUAAACCUAAAGACUAUUCUUGAGGAGCUUGUGGUUAGAGGACAUGAGGUGACUGUUCUGAAACAUACAUCUCUCAUACUGGAUCAGAAUAAGUAUUCUGCACUGCACUUUGAGAACAUCCCUCUGCCUCAUGGGAAAGAAGCUGCUGAGAGUCAUCUAAAUGAGCUACUGAACCUAGCUGUGAAUGUCAUUCCAAACUUGCCAUUUUGGCAAGGAGCAACAAAAUUGCAAGAAUUCUUUUUACAUCUGACUUCAGCAUUUGAAGAUCUCUGUAGGAGUGUAUUAUACAACCAGACAUUCAUGAACAAGCUCCGGGAUGGAAAAUACGAUGUAAUGGUUACAGAUCCUGUCAUUCCCUGUGGAGAACUGGUGGCCGAGGUGCUUCAGAUCCCUUUUGUGAACACACUGAGGUUCAGCAUGGGCUACACCAUGGAGAAAUACUGUGGCCAGCUUCCAGUUCCUCUCUCCUAUGUACCAGUUAUCAUGGGUGAACUGACAGACAAUAUGACCUUCACAGAAAGGGUGAAAAAUAUGAUGUUGUCAUUGUUUUUUGAAUUUGGGCUUCAGCAAUAUGACUUUGCAUUCUGGGAUAAGUUUUACAGUCAAGUCCUAGGAAGACCCACCACAUACUGUGAAACUGUCGGGAAAGCUGAAAUUUGGCUAAUCAGGACAUAUUGGGAUUUUGAAUACCCUCGUCCAUAUUUACCAAAUUUUGAGUUUGUGGGAGGACUGCACUGUAAACCUGCCAAGCCAUUACCUAAGGAAAUGGAAGAAUUUGUCCAGAGUUCAGGGGAACAUGGUGUUGUAGUGUUUUCUCUGGGGUCAAUGAUCAAAAACCUGACAGAGGACAAAGCCAACCUCAUUGCCUCAGCCCUUGCCCAGAUUCCUCAGAAGGUUUUGUGGAGAUACUCAGGCAAGAAACCAGCCACAUUAGGAUCCAAUACUCAGCUUUUUAACUGGAUUCCCCAGAAUGAUCUACUUGGACACCCUAAAACCAAAGCUUUCAUCACUCACGGUGGAAUGAAUGGGAUCUAUGAAGCCAUUUACCAUGGGAUCCCCAUGGUGGGUCUCCCCAUAUUCGCCGAUCAGCCUGACAACAUUGCUCACUUGAAGGCCAAAGGAGCAGCCCUGAAAGUAAAUUUGAACACAAUGACAAGUGAAGAUUUUCUCAAUGCCUUGCGAGCCGUCAUUAAUGAGCCCUCUUAUAAAGAAAAUGCCAUGCGGCUAUCAAGAAUUCACCAUGAACAGCCCGUGAAGCCCCUAGAUAGAGCCGUCUUCUGGAUUGAGUUUGUCAUGCGCAACAAAGGGGCCAAGCACCUCCGUGUGGCAGCACAUAACCUCACCUGGUUCCAGUACCACUCGCUGGAUGUGAUUGGGUUCCUCCUGGUCUGUGUUGUAACCCUGGCAUUCAUCAUCACUAAAUGUUGUUUGCUUACUUGUCAAAAAUUUUGUAUGUCAGAAAAGAAGAAAAGGGGGAACAGAAAAUGCCUAAUUAGCAUGGGUUUAGGAAACACCGACAGGAUCCCCCAUCGUGGAUCCGUUUCCAUCUUGUUGACCAGUACCACCAUCAUGAUCGUCAGCAUCAGGUGCAUCACUCUGCUCGUGGACCUCACCAUCUUCAGAGGCAGGAACUCUCCUGAAAGGCAAGUGGGCCAGGCCCUUGGGCAGCGAGCCGGGGCCGCCGAGAUGGUUGUUCCUGGCACAGGCCGCUCAGCGACAGCAGCUCUGGUCCUCGCAGCCAUGAUCGUGCUCACGUCGAAGCCGCUGCCUAGCGCCCACCGCAGCGAGGGCAGCAGCAGCCCCAAAAGCGCCUCCCGCCCGCCCGCCUGCCCGCCUGCCCCUCCUCGGAGAGGGCCCCCACCUCCGACCCCAGCAUCUUGUGGCGUGCCUGCAGUCCCCUACCGCUCUCCCCGUGUGGCCGCCAGAGUCAAGCGAUGCCCACGCCUUGUGUGUGCGCGCGCAGCUCAGGGGCGGGCCCGGUUACCUCAUCGGUUGUGCCUGAUCCUCCGAGAACUGGCUGAAUCGUCCUGGGCUCGGUGGAGUCCGCCUGAGGCUUCCGGGGGAAUCCUAUUGCUGAUUUUAUUGGCUGACAUCACUGCAAACCUGGCAAACCCUUGCCCGAGCAGAAUUCCAGGGCACACAAGAAGACGAAGACAGAUCAUGUCCAUAUCUAAGACCUGCACGAACAAUCUUACAGAAAUUGAUGACGUCAGGAAUGGUGUUUCAAUGCCUGCAAAGUGGAUGUCUGCUGUGCUGCUUCUGCUACAGAUGACUUGCUGCUUCAGAUCUGGGAACUGUGGGAAGGUGUUGGUGUGGCCAAUGGAAUACAGUCACUGGUUGAAUCUAAAGAUAAUACUGGAUGAGCUUGCACAGAGAGGUCAUGAAGUGACAGUUCUGAGACCUUCAGCUUCCAUCUUUCUUGAUCCCCAAAAGUCACCUGGCCUGAAGUUUGAGAGUUUUUCUACAUCUAUCAGUAAAGAUGACCUGGAUAAGGUUUAUCAUAGGUUUGCGGAUGUAUGGACUAAUGAAAUAUCAAGAGAUACAUGUUUAUCAUACUCUCCUUUGCUACAAAAUUUGUUUGGUGCAUAUUCUGAUAGCUAUCUAAGUCUUUGUAAAGACACAGUUUCAAACAAACAACUGUUGACAAAACUACAGAAAUCCAAGUUUGAUGUGCUUAUCUCGGAUGCUAUUUCUCCUUGUGGAGAGCUGAUAGCUGAACUGCUGCAAAUCCCUUUUCUGUACAGUCUUCGCUUCUCUCCUGGCUACACAAUGGAAAAGUACAGUGCAGGACUUCUAGUCCCUCCCUCUUAUGUACCUAUAAUUUUGUCAGGAUUUGGGGGUCCAAUGACAUUCAUGGAGAGGGUAAAAAAUAUGAUAUGUAUGCUUUAUUUUGACUUUUGGUUCGAGACUUUUAAUGAGAAGAAAUGGGAUCAGUUUUACAGUGAAACUUUGGGAAGGCGUACUACCUUAGCUGAGACAAUGGGCAAAGCAGAAAUGUGGCUCAUUCGGUCCUACUGGGACUUGGAGUUUCCUCGCCCAACCUUACCAAAUGUUGACUAUGUUGGAGGACUCCACUGCAAACCUGCUAAGCCCUUGCCCAAGGAAAUGGAAGACUUUGUCCAGACCUCUGGAGAGCAUGGUGUUGUGGUGUUUACUCUGGGGUCAUUGGUCAGGAACAUGUCAGAAGAAAAGGCCAAUGCAAUUGCAUGGGCCCUUGCCCAGAUUCCACAAAAGGUUCUUUGGAGAUUUGAUGGCAAAACACCAGACACCUUAGGACCCAAUACCAGAAUCUACAAAUGGCUUCCCCAGAAUGACCUUCUAGGUCAUCCGAAAACCAAAGCCUUUGUAACUCAUGGUGGAGCUAAUGGCAUCUAUGAGGCAAUUCAUUUUGGAAUCCCUAUGAUUGGCAUUCCAUUGUUUGGAGAACAGCAUGAUAACAUUGCGAACAUGGUGGCCAAAGGAGCAGCUGUUGCAUUAAAUUUCAAAGCAAUGACAAGGUCAGAUUUGCUCAACGCACUGGAGGCAGUCAUAGAUAAUCCUUCCUAUAAAGAGAAUGCAAGGUGGUUAUCAACCAUUCACCAUGACCAGCCCAUGAAGCCUCUGGACAGAGCCACCUUCUGGAUUGAAUUUGUCAUGCGCCACAAAGGAGCCAAGCACCUGAGGCCACUUGCAUACAACCUCACCUGGUACCAGUACCACUCUCUGGAUGUGAUUGGAUUCCUACUGGCCUGUGUGGUAUCCAUAGCUGUCCUUGCCAUAAAAUCCAGUUUAUUUGUUUAUCAAAAGUUUGUAAAGAUGGGAAAGAAAAUGAAGAAUGAGUAGAGGUCACUGAGAAUGUACUACAUGAACUAAAUUUUGGCAUCAUUCUGAUUGAUGAACUGACUACUAAACAUUAACUGAUUACUUGAUCAAGGCAUAUCUUCUUUGGACGGAGGAAACAGGAGGGGGAA